AACAAGUUGUUUUUCUUGCAUCGUUGUGAAUAACAUUAUUUGAUUAAAUGUUCUACUUGCUUCUGGAUUGUAAUUUCACCGACGGUGUUUUCAAUUUUACGGACAAUUAAAAGUUCUGUGUAAUUUCGUCAACUUAAGACGUGUUUGAGAGCCUCAUUCACUAGAUACAACUUAUGUAUAUGUUUUUUCGCCUGUUCGAGAUUCAGAUUCAGGAUCAAUGCAGAGACAAAGAAGAAACCGCGGUCUCGAAUAUGGAGUUAUUCUUUUGAUAAUGGAACUUUUUAACAUCGGGAUCACCAACAUUCCUCCUGUCACAUUCAUAUCCAUAGUUGGGCAGCUCGCCCUGUAUGCAGGUUUCUUGGACGUGCCAUGGGACAAAUGGGACGUGUGCUUGAACGCUCGUGACAUCAUUCGGAAUAAGGAAUAUCGCCGUUUGUUCUUAUCGGCCGUGGAGCAUGGAGAUGACAUGCAUCUCUACUACAACAUGCUGUCCUUCAUCAUCAAAGGUCGCUCCCUUGAGAGGCGCAUGGGCUCCAAGAAUUUCCUUCUCACCCUAGCUGUGCUAACAGUGCUGACCAGUUGCUACUAUGUUGGACUGGGUUGGGCCCUGACGCACUUAACAAAUGACGUGUACUAUUCCAAGGUGUGCGCAGUGGGUUUCUCAGGAGUUAUUUUCGCACUGAAAGUGAUGACUUCAGAACAGCAGGACACAAGCAUGAGAUACGCUGUCUGGUCAGAGCUGAUCCUGAUCUACCUGCUGGUUCCAGGCUCCUCCUUCAUGGGCCACCUGGCUGGCAUUUUAGCAGGUUUAACUUUUUCCAGAACUAGGAUAGGAAAGUUCCUCAAGAAGAUUAUAGAAGGAGUCACAGGUGAUAGAUAUGAUGGUAACAACUAUUACCAGAGUCAACAGCAACAGCAGAACCAUGAAUUCAAUGCACAAGCAAACUUUUUCAACAAUCCGUUUGGGGGCUUUGGCUACAGAAGAGCACCGCCAGCUUAUGGAUACAGAAAUCCUCAAAAUGUACCUUAUGGAUGGAAUUUUUAAAUGACUGACAUACACCUUUAAAGCCUGUGAUCAUAAGACAAAUGCCGUGCAAAAGCGCAUAGUCGUCUUAUUACUUCACUAAAAUAAAUAGUUCCCUACCUUUUGAUAAUUUUGAAAUUUCAGUUAUUUGUCGUAAAAUUUAACAUUUUUCUUUUGUUCAAAAUAAUAUGGUGUGGAUUUCCCUGCUAUCUGAUUAUGAACGCAUCCUGCUGUUCAAAUCAAUGAUUCGUUUUUUUUUGCGUAACUAUUCAAUCACGCCAAUCAAAUUGAUAGGUGGAUGCAUAAAAAAAUCAUUUUUUGAUCACUAAAUAAAAUUGUAACUUCUGCCGGGAUAAGAAAAAGUAAAUUUGAGAUGUGUUGACUAACACAAGGUGUGUAGUUUCCCCUUUAACCUCACCUCUAUCUGUUUUGGACCAGUGUGGCGUUUUGUUAACUACGCCACAAUUUGCAUUUCUUUUUGUAUGUUUCACAAUUUGAAAAAACGAAAAUUAAAACAAAUUUGUUAAAUCAUAAGAAAAUGUUGAGCUCAUGGAAUAGAUGUGCUUUAACUGGGGGAAAUGUUGCAAUUUACUUUUUAAUUCACAAGUGAAAUUGAUCAGUUUUCUGCUGCUCUGAUAUAUAAAAAGUAAAAAGUCGUAAAAGUAGAUCCAAAAUUAAUUCGAUAUUUAUUUUACUAUCGGGAUUACCUAAUUUAAGUGAACGUCUAACCAUUGGAUACGAAAUGCUUGUUACCAUAAAACUCGUAUUAUUGCACCCAUAAUAAAAUUCAAUCACAACUGA